AUGAGUACAAUUGAAGAAAAUAUUUCAACUUAUAUGGAUUCAAUUUGUUCACAAUCUAUUGUAAUCCUCAAGAAUAAAAAGACUCCUCUAAGAUAUAGUGGUACGUAAAAAAUAAAAUUUGUUAAAAGUCUUUUUGAAUGAUGUUUAUAAAUAUUUAAAAAAACUUAAAACUUAAUUUUUUGUCAAUCAAUCUGUUACAAAACUGAUGAGUAUUUUUGUUCUCUAUUUUGUUCUAUUUUGGAUGCAUACGGCUGUGUGGAUGGAAAAGUAUGUGUCCAGAAUGCAUGUUGUAUUAUUUGAAUAAUUGUUGAUAUAUGAAUCAGUCAUAAUAAUUGUAUCAUCAAACGCUGAAUAACUUAAACAUUUUUAAGAAUAAUGAAGUAGGUAUAAUAUUUUAAAAUAAAAUAUUUUGGAUAUAAACACAGUUUAAAUAUCUUAGUUUUUAAAUAUUCUUAAAUUUUAUGACUCUGGAACCUAUUAUUAAAUCAGAAAUGAAAAUUCUAAGGUAUAGUUACUUCAGUUUUAUAUAUAUAUAUAUAUAUAAACCUACAUUACCUAUUACCCUCUUAUUAAGUAUCAUAUUAUUAUGUCUUAUUUAUAUUGUAGGUAAAACAUAUUUCAUUGAAUUCUUUAAUAUGUGUUUAUAUUUUAUUUACUGUUUUAGAAUGUGAAACCGACUGGACUUUUUCAUCUAGCAGACUAAAUUAUUUAAAUACUCCUGUAAAAGUUCAACCAGUUGAAGAUUCCUCAGAGCUUUUAUUUUUAAAAAGUUUAAUACCAGAUUUUAAAAAACUCAAUAAUAAAAAUCAACGUAGAUUUAAACAUUCUGUUUUAAGUACACUGGUACACAAUGAACAAGAAAUUUAA